GUUUAAUUUAAAUAUUCCCAAACUUGUGUCUUGAUGCCGCUAGAGGGGCUAAAAGAUUCUUCCGUAAAAAACACGUGUACAAUCUUAAUCUACGUAAUCGAAGUUUAUGCAACUAUUGUUGCUUUCGUUUACUUUAAAUUUAAUCUUGUCAAGAAUCCGAAGAAAUUUAGUUCCUAUCGGAAUAAUUUUUAUGAAGACUGUUAUAAAAUAAUUAAACAUGAAAGCUGCGUCUGAUCCAAAGGACAUCCAGGACUUUCAAUUUAAACAGUCAAACACUUCCCAAAUUUUAGAUGCAUUCACAUCCACACCAACUGCAUGCAGUUUAUUGGCUGCAGAUAAAAGGAGGGGAUUGUUAUAUGCAGGACAAAAUAAUAAAAUAAUUAUAUUGAAACCAGGAGAAGACAGUGACCCAGAAUGGAAAAUAGAAUUUAAUGUGCCUCUAGUUGUGUCUAAACUGACACUUAAUUGCGAUUGUACCUAUCUAGCCGUGGCACAUGGACCUAUGGUUUUAAUUUAUGAUGCAGAGGCGCUUGCAAAGAAUAGUUUACAAUUACUGCAUAAAGUUAAAAUUUCUACAUUAAGCGGAGAUAUACUUGUGUAUGAUCUACGAUGGAAUCCCGCUAUACCGAGGAUGUUGUGUACAAUAGCUAGUGAUUAUACAAUUGGUAGUUUUAAAAUAAAAGAAAAGAAAAAGGCUACAACCGAACUGGACACUUUUGAACUGAAAGAAAAAUUGAACAAUGAACAUAUAAAUGCCUUAUGUGCAGCAUGGAGCCCUAAAGGAAAACAAAUUGUUGUGGGUUGUAAAAAUGGUAGUAUAGUACAACUUAAACCCGAUUUAAAAAUAGCAAGGACAAUUCCUGGCCCUAAUCCAUACAUUGGUGAAGUUAUUAGUAUUUUAUGGGUUAGCAAUUAUCAAUUUUGCGCUGCUUAUUUGGGUAAUGAGCAGGGAAUUAAUGUUCUUGUAAUUGAUGCCCCUAAAGGUGAAACAAAUGCUGUUUUUACUUGUUAUGAAGAUAUUACUUAUGGAAUAACAGAUUCGGAAGCAGAAGGAACAAUUCCUCGUUAUUACUUUGAUCAUGUACCAGAAUGGGGCUUAAUUAUUGCUGCUAGUAGCAACAGCAGUGAAAUAGCUAUAUUAGGAUCUACAGAUAAAGGUGUUACUUGGAAUCAGUGGCAAUUGGUAGAUAGUGGCAGAGCUGAAUUACCAUUGAUUCACACCACGGAAAGCUAUCCAGUAGGUUUAGCUAUUGAUAAAUCUCCAGUUAGAAAAUUACUAUGGGGGGCAGAUUCCACUUUGCCCCAUCCAGUUCCUAUACUUCACAUUCUUGCAACAUCUGGACAAUUAUGCAGCUUUCAUAUGGUGAAUCUAAGUCCCAAAUGUCCUUCUAUUAAUUCUCCACCUACAGAAAUUAUUGCAAUACCCCCGCAAACACAGUCAAACAUUAGUCCUGAAAAAUCUCUUAUUAUGAAUGGUGCUGCAACUAGUACACCAUUAGUUAAGCAACAAGAAAAUACUCUUGAACGUUCAAAACCUCUUUCUGCAGGAAAUAUUUUGAAUAAAUUUAUUCAAAAAUCUAGUUUCACAUUACCUCCGACUGAGAAACCACAGCAAGAGCAGAAACCUGAACAGAUCAGUACGGGGAUGAAAUUGGAACCAACUAAAGAAAUUCAACCUCAAGAAAUUGCAAAACCGGAUAUUAAAUUAACGUCAAUUAGAGAAACAAUUAUGCAAGAGUCUGUGGAACCAAAACCAUUUGUGGAUGAUGAUGCUAAAGAUAAUCAUGCAUAUAUAGAAGAACAUAAUUUGUUUGAGAAAGAAUUACGUAAAAGAUUAGAACCACAAACGUUAGAGUAUGAUACAGAAGAAGAACGUCAAAAACUUGUAGACACAUCUAUUGUGAUAGAUCAGUUUUUACGGGAAUUGAAAGAAACAACAAAUAGUUUAUCUAGCGACAUAGCAUAUUUGAAAGCGCUAUUAUUACAAUCAUUUGCUUGGGUUGAAGAAACAAAAUCAAAAAAUGCAGCAACUAACGAUAUCACCGCUAGAAAUUGUGGAGAUAACAAUAAAAUGUCUGAUCUACAAAAACUUUAUUAUUACACUCAAACGCAGCUAACUCAAGCUAGUAAAAUUUUAGACUUAGAAUGGUCAAAUCAUAGAUCUCGAGAAACGUCACGAAUGAAAAUACCUCAUUUAGAGUUUUUAUAUCAGAAUCUUAUAUUACACAGUAAAAUUAUACAAGAAGAAAAAAGCAGAAUGGAACACCUUAAAAAGCGAUGGAAAUUAAUUACUCGUAAUAAUAGUAUUUUUGGAUUAAAUCAUUCAUUAUCUAAUUUAACUAUGACAUCGUCAAAAUAUUCAACCAUUCUUCCAAGAAAUACAGGAAUCAUAGAAGCGCGAUGCAAGGCAAUUGCUUCUAAAACUUUGAGUUUUACUCAAGAAAAACAAAUUAAAUUGAGAGAACAUUUAUCUACUUCUACUCCAAGGAUUAUAAGACCUGUUAGUUCUUCAGAUAUUCAAAAUCGUUUGGAAGAAACUUUGUCCUCUUUAACUUCUCCAAACACUACCAGCAUUAAUAUAAAAAAUAAGGUUGAUCAAUCUGUUUCCAAACAAAAUACAAUUACUAAACAACAGAAUACAUAUAUUGAUCCUUUAGAUUCUAUGGCUAGCAUUGUAGCAGGAAUUGGUACAAAUGAAUGCAUAAGUGAAUCUAACAAUGUGUCAAUACAAAACAAAAUACAAAACAAACAACCUAGCUUUGGCAUUACUUUUCCUAUAUCUGGAAAUAAACCUGCACAAGCAGAGAAAAUAUCUAGUAUACCAACAACUACUGGUGUACCUCAAAGUACUAAAGCAAAACAAGAUACUAUUACAUUAAAUCAAAUGCAAUUACAUGUUCCUGCUCAUACUUCGUCUAACUUAAUAAAAGCUUUUCCUAAGGUUGAUACUACUACAUUUGAUACAUCAGUGCAAAAGUUAGAGGAAACUGCAGCACAAAAUCCAGCUGUCCAAUCAAUGUGGUUGCAUACUAUUAAAACAGAAAAUAACUUGUUUAAUGGUAGUUCAUUAAAAGAUGCAUUACCACCAGAGACUUCAUUAGAAAAAAUACAAACUAUUCCAAGUACCGGAGUGACAUUACCAGUGACAACAGCAGUAAAAACCAAAGCAGUAUCUACAUUUAGUUUUGCUACUCCAAUUACCAUCCCUGCACCAAUAAAGAGUACUACACAGAGUACAUUUGUUGUAUCACAAACAACGAGUGCACAAACAAUUUCUUUUGCUUCGAAAUCAUCAAACAUUAUUACUCCAUUUAAUUUAAAAAUGACAUCGCCAGCGACAAAAUCUCAAACACAAGAUGUAUUAAGUUUAACAGGGUCAUUUACAGGACUUCAGACAUCUAAUCAAGCACCUAGUAUAUCUACUAAUAAUAGUCCUAGUGCCGAUGGAAAAUAUAACUGCAAAGCUACGUUUGGAAGAUCUGACGUUAAUCAAAUUCUCUCACCUAACGAAAGUCAAAUUUCUGCACAACACAAUUCUGUUACAAUUGUAGAAGUACCUCAUACCGAAGCAACAACUUCUAGCCUUCCAACAAGUGCUGUACAAGAUUUACUUGUAUCUUCUACUACACCUUUGUUCAACAUUCUGAACAGUACAUCGAAUGUUUCUGUAUUUGAAGAAAUGCCAAAUUCUACUCCAACUACUUCAUCCAUGCCACUAUUUGGUGGUUUCUUCACAACAUCAAGUACAACAGCAAAUACAAUGACAACAACUUCUGCUACCAUCUCUCCUUUUCAAAGUACUUUAUCAAGACCUUUUGAGAAAGGUCCCAUUAUGUUACCUACAGCAAGCUCCGCCAAUGCUCCUACUACUAUUACUACUACUACUACUACUACUACUACUACUACUACUACUACUACUACUACUACUACUACUACUACUACUACAACUACUACUGCCAUUACCACUACUACUGUUAGUGCUGCUACUACUAGUACUCCUACUACUACCACUACUACUACUACUACUACUACUACUAUUGCUGCUGCUGCUGCUGUUGCUGCUCCUGCUGCUGCUACUACUACUACCACUAUUAUUACAGCAACAACAGCAACAACUACUACUACUCUUAUAACUGCUACUACUACUGCUACGUUACCUACACUUACAUUCGGAACUGUUGUAACAAGUACAGUUGCUCCAGUUUUUGGUAAACCUCCCCUUACAAUGAACUCUCAGUUUUCAAGUACGCCAGUAGUUCCUGCGACAGAUAAUACGUUUGGAAAACCAGCUACUACUACACCUCUUUUUAAGCCUUUUGAAAAUUCUCAGAGCACAUUUAUGUUUGACAAAACGACUAAAGUUUUAACGAACGUUUCGAUCUUCAGCGGAACUAAUACUAAUUCGAUCUUUGGUGGAAACACUCAAGUAUCCUCAUCAGGUUCUAUUUUCGGAGGAAAUACUUCCUCGAUAAAUACAUUCGGAACACCUCAAACGUUCGUCUUUGAUAAUAAUGCCCAGAAAUCUGACUCAAUAUUUGGUUCCACAUCAAACACGGGUUCUACAUCCUUUUUUGGUGGUGCAACAAACAAUGUCGCUCCAGCGUUUUCUUCAGCAGGAUCUCCAUCUGUAUUUGGUGGUAUUGCAGCUAAUACGUCGCCAAUGGGUGUAGAACAGCUUGUAUUAGGUGCACAAUCUAAUGCCUUUGGGCAAACACCUUCAUUUAAUGCUAAACCAGUAUUUGGAUCGCCACCAACGUUUGGAGCACCAAAACCAGUCUUUGGCACCGGUUUUGCGACAACAGCAUUUGGAGUCAAUACUAGUCCUCCAGCAUUUGGAAAUCCACCUACUAUGGGAGGAAGUCCCGCUCCAAUUGAUAACAGCAUGCCGAAAGUUUUUGGAAAUGUAAGUGGUGGUAGUAGCACAUUUGAAACUCUAGCGAGUCAAUCAGGUGGGCUUAGUUUCAGUAGCUUAGCACAAAAAACCACAGAUGUACCAAAAUCUCCAGUAUUUACUAGCGGAAGCUCUUUUUCCACUUGGCGGUAGUCAACAAAUAUCUAAAUUAAAUAAAGUAUCCAUAAUGAUAUAUUAUUUUUAUUAAAAAAAGAUAGACUUCUCUUACUCCUUCAGCCUGUUUAAAUCGUGUAUUUAUGA